UGUGGCAGCUUGGAACUUAGCUGUGUGUAUCGUGAGUAGUUCCACUCGCCACCAGACCAUUGGACAUUCUUGCCGGCGCUUUGUUCCAGUCGUCAGCAGUUCACCGGGUAAUAUGGAAGGUGAACGCUACGCUUUCCUCGUGGAGUGGUAUGAUUCGCUAGCGGGCAUAGUGCGACGCUACAACUUCCUCUUCUAUCCUAAAGAUAACAGCGUGGAAAUGAUAGAUGUGAAAAACAAGCGCAUAUUCCUGAAACGUACCAAGGAGGAGUCUAUCAGGCUGGAUCAGUGCUACAUUGGUUCAUCAGUUAAUCUACAUGGUCGACAGCUGAAGUUUGUAGAGUACUCUGACACUUUCACCAAGACUAAACUCUCCAUGGCGAAAGAAAAGACUCUGGCGAUAUUCAAGCCGGACAUAAUGGAAAAAAUGCCUCUCCUGCUUGAGAUUCUCUGCACUGAAGGAUUUCAGAUCUGUGAUAUGAAGACAGUGGUGUUGAGCAAGUCUGCGGCUGAAGAGUUUUAUCGCGAGCAUAGUGCUAAACCAUUUUUCAGAACGCUGAUAUCGUUCAUGACGGAAGGACCAAUCUUGGCGCUCAGCUUACUAGCCGACAAUGCCGUCAGCAGAUGGAGAGCACUUAUUGGACCAACAAACUCGGCUGAUGCCAGGUCUCAAGCUCCGGAUAGUCUCAGAGCAAGGUUUGGCACAGAUCAAACACGCAAUGCCUGUCAUGGAUCAGAUUCAGUGGCAUCGGCUGAAAGAGAGACGGAGUUUUUCUUUGGAGCAGGCAGCAACAGCAGUCGUGGCCUUCAAGUCCCGGCUGAGCUUGACAACUGCACAUUGUGUUUGGUCAAGCCAUACACAAUGACACAAGGUCUGCUUGGGAGAGUAGCUCGUGAUAUUGUGCAGGCUGGUUUUGACAUCUCUGCCAUGCAAAUGUACCAUUUGGACAAGAGCACAGCAGAGGAGUUCUUGGAAGUCUACAGAGGUGUUGUUGCCGAAUAUCCGGAGAUGGUAUCUGAGUUGUGCUCAGGAGCAUGCGUUGCCAUGGCAUUAACUCAUCAACCUGGCGAUGCUUGUGUAGAGCAGUUCAGACAGUUUGUUGGACCAGCAGAUCCAGAGAUAGCUCGUCACUUGCGUCCCAGCACGUUGCGUGCAAAAUAUGGACACAACAAAUUGAAGAAUGCUGUUCACUGCACUGACCUAGCUGAUGACGGUAUGCAGGAGGUUGAGUACUUCUUCAAGAUUCUCCAGUAACUACGGAAACAGACAAGACUUCAGUGAAGGUUACAGUGCAUCCUGAGUAAUCGGCGUCACAAUGCAUUUUCGUUGAUGUGUCUUCUGUAACCGCUGGAAUGAACAUUCAGCCACCGUUGCAGCAAUGUGUUGAGAGAUGCAAAGGCGAGGUUUGAUGAGCUGAUUUCGAUGUGAUAUUAAUCCUGAAACAUAAUGCUCUUGUAGCAGUUCAGCACUCUCGUGUGGGGUAGUGCAUUUUCUGUUUGCGUUAUCCAGAGCUCACUGACUUGUCA